UUGUUUAAUGAAGAACUAGUGAUGUUUAACGAAACCUAUGACAUGCCACCGUCUACGGACUUGAAGCCGGAAAUGUUGGCUCUUAUCAUCAUACUUUCAACAUUUUCUAUACUUGGUUCAGUUGGUAAUGCCUUAGCUACAUUUGUCUUUUAUAAAGUACGGGAUAAAUCAACGGCGCAGAUUUUCAUAUUGACGAUGUCUGUUAUAGACCUUUUCACUUGCACUGUUAUCAUCCCAUUUACGAUUGUCGUAGAGUAUUUGCUUUACGACAUCAAAUACGAUGUUGUGUGUAAAUUAUAUCAGUUUUUAAUCACUUCUAAAGUGCCUCUUUCCGCCUUUAUUAUGGUAGCUAUAUCGUUCGAUAGGUAUUUCUGUAUCUGCCACCCGCUAAGAAGAAUUGUCACGCCAUUGCGGAUGAAAAUUGUUCUUGUGUGUUUAUCGACAUUUGCCUGUUGUCUUGGAAUUAUUACAUGUUUGGCUUAUGGUGUUUAUCGCCAGGCCAGUGUUCCAUCUUAUCAAAUAUCAGAUGCCAACCAAGCCAGGAUUGUCGAUGGCAUUGGAAGCAAAUUCUUGGACUGGCGACCCAUUGUCGAUGAACCGCUACCUUCGAAUGACGUCACUGAAGUAGUUCUGUCGUACAUUCGAGAAUUAUUGAACAAGAAAAAUGCCAGUCAAGUUAUUUCGUCAAUCAGUAAAACGGACCAAAUUGUUUACAUCGGCAUCUGUUCUCCAAACAAUCUCAUAUUAGAUUUUCACUUCCUAAAUGUGUAUCAGAAAUUCUAUACGGUGUUAUUCGUGGUUUGCCUUGUUAUCGUCUGUGUUCUGUACGGAUUAAUCUAUAGAUUUAUUCAAAUACGUAGAUCCAAAAAGCUGCAUCAAAAGCUGGUCUUAUGUUCGUAUAUGAAUGGGGAACACGGUUUUGAAGGAACACGCCUCACUCUUUUAAAUGGCGGCGAUGAGGAGCAACAACAACAGCAACAACCAAACAAAUCCGAUAAAGAUUCUGUUAGUGAUGACGAAUCUGUGAAAAUGGACAAAUAUAAGAAUACAGAGAAACGGAGUGUUUCUUCAUUUACAUACGACGCGGAUAAGUUGCGAGAUGAAACUCGUUCUGCUAAUAUUAAAACAGCCGUCAUGCUGUUUACUGUAACUGUUGUCUUUAUAAUAGCUUUUUUACCAGCCUGGUUAAUGGCACACAAGUUUAUUCCGACCAAUAUCGUCGUCUUUUAUAUGUAUUUUAGCUAUAACGUAGCCAAUCCAUGUAUCUACGCCUUCAUGAAUCCAGUUUUCCAGGAAAAUUUGAAAAGAAUAUUUCGUCGCAGCUGACUAGAUUUAAGAUGUUUACAGAAACAAGAAAAUAACGAAUUCGGUCUGUAUUCAAGUGCUAUUCUUUAGUUCUUUGGUCGAAUUUCAAUUAUGCCGUUGCUGUGUAGAUAUUCAAAUUGAAAACACUUUGUAAUGACUCGGUGUGUGUUUGCUCUUGUCUGGGAUUCAUCCAUAUCAAAACAUUUACCCAUCUAGGUGCAAUCUAACACAGUGAUAACUUCUAGCCCUUUUCUGAGGGGCGUGUCGUGUUUAACGGUCGACUUUCUUAAUAUAUUGUCUAUACGUACAUUUAGAGUUAGAGCCGCAGUUGUCCGAGUGUUCUAUAUGUUGUGCUCCAGAUAUUUUAUUUACUUUAUAAACUUUUAAAUAGCAUCGAAGGUGUAUGCGAAAGACAACGAAUAACCAUUGUCGCGUUGUCUCUCCUUGACACACUGAUUUCACUGAUAGCGAAGAUGGCACUUUUUAUAUCGGUUAGUGUUAACAUUCUUAUAAAGCACAAGGGCUAAAGAUAAAUCGUAUUUGUGAAUAAAAUUUUCAAACAAAGCUCUUAUACACUCUGAGUACAAGCAUAUUAUUGAGUGGUGAUAUUGUUUUUUAUAAGAAUGCAAGUGUGUGGGACAGUGGUGAUGUGGUGGUACUAUUUACAAAUGUGAACUGUUUCAGUAAAUUCUUACAACAUUACCCUAGGUGGAAGCUUACGUAAACCUUGAUUAUACUACUAGUUUAAAAGUAAAAACAUGCGGUUAAUUGGAAGUACUGUGUAUUUGUUUAUAAGCUUAUCAUUAUUUUAUAUUUUUUCUCCAAGAGUCAGCAAACACUA